GUCCCUCGCAGGCUGCCGUCCCUCUCUGUCUGUUGCCUUAGAGCUGGAUGUCAUCGGGUCGGAUCAUGCUGACCCUUCUCCGCUACCGGACUGCACUUCACUGGAUCCCCUGGAGAGUCAGGGCGGCCUCGGGGGUAGCCAGCAGCAAUGAAAGCCCAGGGCAGAGGAAGUACAGGGACACCGUGCUGCUACCGCACACAGAAUUCCCUAUCAAGAGGAGCCCAGAGGACACUGUGCAGACUGAGCUGCGUGUGCAGGAGGAAUGCAACUUUUCACAACUGUACUCCUUGCAAAGAGAGAGAAAAACGAAAAAAGAGUUUAGUCUUCACGAUGGACCUCCCUACGCCAAUGGAGACCCUCAUGUUGGCCAUGCUUUAAACAAGAUUCUAAAGGACAUAACAAACCGUUUCCAUAUGAUGAGGGGCUACAAGGUGAGCUAUGUGCCAGGAUGGGAUUGCCAUGGUUUGCCAAUUGAGUUAAAAGCCUUAGCAGACCUUGGAGAGGAAGCCGAAAAUCUAUCUGCCACAGAGAUCAGACGUAAAGCCAAAGAAUUUGCUGAAAAGGCCAUUGAGAAGCAGCGAUCCUCAUUCAUUCGCUGGGGUAUAAUGGCAGAUUGGAAUAAAUGUUACUACACAUUUGACCCGAAGUAUGAAUCAAAGCAGUUAGACAUAUUCUACAAUAUGUAUGACAAGGGUCACAUAUAUCAGGAUUACAAACCCGUAUUCUGGUCUCCGUCAACAAGAACCGCCCUGGCUGAAGCAGAACUAGAAUACAAUCCGCAACACAUCAGCCGAUCAAUCUAUGCAAAAUUCCCAUUUCAAAAACCACCUCCCAAGCUGGCAUCCAUUUUAGACGGCACCUCCGCAGUCAGCGUUCUAGUGUGGACAACUCAACCCUGGACAAUUCCUGCUAAUCAGGCCAUCUGUUACAUGCCUGGUACAGAUUAUUCACUAGUAAAGUGUGCAAAUACUGGGGAGCAUUACAUUCUGGCUGCGGAUCGAAUUGAUACUACAGCACAUUCCCUUGGAACCCGUCUUGAAGUUAUUUCAACCUUUAAAGGAGGAGAUUUGGAGAAUGGUGUCUGUGGGCACCCAACAAUACCUGAGCGCUCAUCUCCUCUCCUACCAGCAAAUCAUGUUACCAUGGCAAAGGGCACAGGCUUGGUGCACACUGCGCCUGCACACGGCAUAGAGGAUUACAGUGUGGCCUCUCAUCACAAGUUGUCUGUUGAUUGUUUGGUGGAUGAAGCUGGCUGUUUUACUGCAGAUGCUGGAACAGAACUAGAAAGCAAACCUGUGCUCAGUGAUGGAAAUGAGGCUGUCAUACAGAUGCUCCUCGGCUCAAAGAAUCUGUUAAAAGAAGAGAGUUUUGUGCAUAGUUACCCAUAUGACUGGAGGACCAAGAAACCCGUAAUCAUCCGUGCCAGCAAACAGUGGUUUGUCAAUACGGCUAACAUUAAAGCCAAGGCACAGGAGACUUUGAAAAAGGUGAAAUUUAUUCCAGCCUCAGCUUCCAGUAGAAUGUUGGAGAUGCUUGAUCGUCGCACAUACUGGUGCAUAUCAAGGCAAAGGAGCUGGGGAGUCCCUAUUCCAGUGUUUUAUCAUAAGGAGAGUGGAGAACCCCUCAUCAACAGACAUAGCAUUGGACAUAUUGCUAAACUUGUUGAGCAGCAUGGCAGUGAUGUGUGGUGGACUCUCCCUCUGGAAGAACUGCUCCCUAAGUCUGUCCUCCAAAAGGCUGGUAACGCUUCUGACGUACAAGACUUUGAACAGGGACGUGAUGUUUUGGACAUCUGGUUUGACAGUGGAACAUCGUGGGCUCAUGUUUUGGAAGAUCCUGAGCAAAGAGCUGAUGUUUACAUGGAAGGAAAAGACCAGCUAGGAGGUUGGUUUCAGUCCUCUUUACUCACCAGUGUGGCAGUUAGAAAUAAAGCACCCUAUAAAAAUGUUAUUGUUCAUGGAUUCACUUUAUCUGAAAAAGGAGAAAAAAUGUCUAAAUCAGUUGGAAAUGUAGUGGAUCCAGAUGUCAUUAUCAAUGGAGGGCAGGAUAAAGUUAAGGAGCCUGCUUAUGGGGCAGAUGUCUUACGCUGGUGGGUGGCAGAGUCCAAUGUGUUUACUGAAGUGCUAAUUGGACCCAUGGUACUUAAUUCUGCAAGAGAUGACAUCAAUAAGUUACGGAACACAUUGCGGUUCAUGUUGGGGAACCUCUCUGGUUACAGCCCAGAAACAGACACCAUCCCCAGCACAGAGAUGUACGUCAUAGACCAGUACAUGCUGCAUGUAUUGCAGGACUACGCCAGCAAGGUUACAGAGGCAUACAAGGGAUACGAUUUUGGGAAAGUUAUUCGCCUGCUUGAAGCCUUCAUUACAAGAGACUUGUCUUCAUUCUACUUUAGUAUUAUAAAGGACAGGCUUUACUGUGAAGAAGAGAGAGACCCCAAACGGCUUUCCUGCCAAACUGUUUUAGCUCAGGCAUUGGAUAUUGUAGUUCGCUCAUUUGCUCCAAUUCUGCCCCAUUUAGCAGAAGAGGUUUUUCAGUAUAUACCCUAUAAAAAAGAAUCAGUUUUCAGCAGUGGCUGGAUCCAGCCUAACACUGUGUGGAAGAAGCCAGGGCUGGUUGAAGCAGUAGAGGCUGCAUGUUCAAUCAGAGAUGUGUUUCUGGAUCAUCCCGGCAAGAAUGCUGCAGAAUGCGAAGUAACCAUUGUGAUUGAGCCUGGGGUAUACUUUGAAUUAAUGGAGACGUUGCAGACUGAAGAGACGUCUAGAACAUCCCAGCUGAAUGAGUUGCUGAUGUCUUCCAGCACCACCCUGGUCACUGAGGUCCCCAUGGACCUCCCAGGAGAUGUCUCCUUAAUUAAAGGUUCAUUCCUUAUCAAUUUGGAAGGUGGGGACAUUUGCGAAGAAGAAGCUUAUAAAGUUAUAGUACAGCAAAGUACAAAACAACGCUGCCCGCGCUGCAGGAAGUUCACAGCGGAGUCAUCUGUAGCACCUUGCCCUCGGUGUCUCGAAGCCAUUGCUGGAAAGUGGAGUCAAUAAUCUAAAACCAUCUUGCGAUCAUUGUGUAAAUGUAUAGAAAUAUUGUGUGCUCUAUUUCAAUCUCAGAACCAAAGCACCAACAACUUUAAUAUUAGCAAACACUGUAUAAAGUACUUAAAGGGAUAGGAAAGUCAAAAUGAAACUUGCAUGAUUCAGAUAGAGCAUGUCAUUUUAAGACACUUUUAAAUUCACUUCUAUUUUCAAAUGUGCUUUGUGCUCCUAGUAUUUCUUGUUGAAAAGGAAUACACAUAUCCUACACUAUUGAGAGCUAGCUGAUAAUUGGUGCCUGCACACUUUUGUCUCUUGUGAUUGGCUGAUUAAAUGUGUACAUCUUGCUGCCAGUAGUGCAAUGCUGUUCCUUCAGCAAAGGAUAUCAAGAGAAUGAAGCAAAUUUGAUAAUAGAAGAAAAUUAGAAAGGUGUUUAAAACUGUAUGUUGUAUCCAAAUCAUGAAAGAAAGUUUUGGGGUUUCCUGUCCCUUUAAUCUAUGUAAUACAUUUUGUGACCCAGCGUUAGAAGAGACCCUGCUUAUUGCAUAAAAACAUUUGUGUAUCUGACUUAUUUUGAAAAACCUACUAACUCCUUUACUCUGAGGGCCCUAGUCUUGUCAAACGAUAAAUGUAAAACAAAAGUUAUUUUAACACUACCUGAUUGCAGUAGAAAAUUAGCAAGAGAAUGUCACUUAAAGAUGUGUUAUUUAUUAUUGCCCAGUGGUAUCAUUUCUCAGAAAUCCAGGUAGUACAGUUCAAUUUCUGUUUAUGCGGCUAAGCGAACUGUUUGUAAUCUGGAAUACUAAUAAGCAGCUGACAAUUUGUUUGUAAGAGCCAUAUUGAACCUCUUUCUCAGUAAAGUUUGGCUGUGUAGUAAAAAGAAUUCUUUAAAUUAGAAUUUGAGUUCCGCAAUAAUUCAUUAUUAUAGGUUGAUUAUGAAUCUGAUGUAUCUGUGUCACCCUUAAAGUGAAAGUCAAUCCUAGCGUUAUACAAACGCUAGGAUUGCGGUAAAUCCGGCACGGCGCCCAUGGGAGCCGGAUUUACUGCACGGCUAUUGGCUAAGAGGUGAAAACGUCACCUCUUAGCAACACAUUUUUUAGCCGUGGGCUGCUGUAGCAGCUAAGAAUCGCGAUCGGUUGAAACAAAUAAAGGAGCUUUCUACAUGAAGUAUCUAAUACUUCAUGAAUGAAAGUGCCCUUUAUUUGUUGCAAUAGUCAAUCCUAGAGUUUGUACAACGCUAGGAUUUACUUUCCCUUUAAACACACACAAACUAUAUAUAAAUGUCCCAGUAACAUUUAACUUUUUGAAGGGAAACCAAUACCUUAAACUGUCAACUUUACACACAGACAUUUUAAAAAUUCUAGAUUAUCAUUUCUAUUUAUAAUUUAAAAAAAGAUGUUCACCAAGAAAUAAGUCUCUAUAAAUGAAAUGACUGUAUCUGUCAGACUAAAUAUUUUCUUAAUAUUGAAUUUUUAUAUCAAUGUACAGGGUGCUAUGAGGUAAAAUAAUGUAAGUUGGAGAUUCUUUAAUUAAUUUUGUAUUAUAUACGUACACAUAUAUAGAGGUUUGUAUGUUAUGAUAUAGAACACUCCUAGCCCUUAUUUAAAUCAUAGAUGACGUUAAAUACCCUGAAGAAAAUUUGCACUUAUUUUUUAUUAUGAGACCCUUGGGGAAUAUCAGGUUUGAUGAAAUAAACAUUUUUAUAAGGAA